AUGAUGCUUACUUACCUGGUGUUGGGUAUUCUCUUCCUUAUUCAGAUGGGGGUUGGGAUUUUAGGGAAUUUCUUCCUCCUGGGCCUAUAUACCUUCACUUUACUCAUUGACCACAGGUUGAGGCCCAUAGAAUGCCUUUUUGCCCACUUAGCCUUGGCCAAUGCAACAGUGCUUCUCUCCAAGGGAAUCCCUCAGAUAAUUGUAUGUUUGGGCUUCAAAAAUUUCUUGGACCUUGUUGGGUGUAAACUUAUAAUUUAUCUUUAUCAUGUGGCCCGGAAUGUUUGCCUCAGCAUCACCUGCCUCUUGAGUGGUUUUCAGGUCGUCACCAUCUAUCCCAGUAACUCCAGGGGGGCAGAAAUCAAAAUCCAAACCCAAAAGUGUAUUGUCCCCUCCUGCUUCCUCUGCUGGUGCUUCCACCUACUGAUAAAUUUCACUUUGCUGGGGACUAUGCACAACUCAAGGUAUCUGACUAAUAAUACAAAGAAGUGGAAUCUGGGAUAUUGUUCAAUUUCAACUCCUGCCUCUUUUAAUGCUGCAUUUUUUGCAAUUGCCUUUUUUAUGCCUGAUGUUAUGUGUGUAGGAUUCAUGAUCUGUUCCAGUACCUAUUUAGUGAUUCUCCUACACAGACACCAUCAGCAAGUGAAACAUAUUCACAGUCCUCAUCUCUCUUCCACAAAUUUCCCUGAGAAAAGAGCCACCCAGAGUGUACUCCUGCUAGUGAGCACCUAUGUCUCCUUUUAUUCCAUUAACUCUAGCUUGGCAUUGUACAACUUUAAAAUGGAGAAAGAUGAGCCCUGGUUCAUGGCCACCUUAGACCUCCUAGCAGCAUCAUUCCCAGCCAUCAGCCCUUUUGUGCUGAUCUUUUCUGACUCCCAAGUCCUCAAACAUUGGUAUGCUCUGUGGCAUAGGAAACAAUGUCUCCUUCGCCACAGUGUCCUCAACCACACCCAUUCCCAGCAUUCUGACCUAACAUUAUGA